AUGUCUUACUGCAGAGAAGAGGGUAAGAAAGUGUUAUCAUGAAUUUAAAAUAAUUAUUUAAUAAAUAUCUAGUAACUCGUAUUUCCAAUCGUAGGUAAAGAUAAAGUGAUUUUCGUGACUGAGGAAGACCAUGCGACCCCAAGCUCGGUGACAUUGAGCGAAGAUGACGAAGAAGAAUUAGAAGGUCUGAUCACAGAAAGCGGCGAAAUAAACUGGGAUUGCCCUUGUUUGCAGGGAAUGGCAUACGGGCCUUGUGGAGAACAAUUCAAAGCAGCAUUCUCAUGCUUUCAUUACAGCGAAGCAGAUCCAAAGGGUUCUGACUGUAUUCCACAGUUUCGUGACAUGCAGGAGUGUUUUGUGAAGUUUCCUGAAAUUUAUGGAAAAGAUGAUGAAUUUGAUGAAGAAGAUGAUUCGUUAAACAUGAAAUUAGAAACUGAAAAGACUAUUAAUGGACAAGAAAAUACCAUGUUGUCCGAAGAAAAUUACUCAGCGCUGGUUUCUGUUGAUAGUUCCGAUGCAAACUCAACUUCAAGCUGACCAUUCUUUUCUUAUGGCUGUUUUUAAUAGUUUGUAUUCCACAUUGGUGGGAGGAAGUUGUUGUAACAAUGUUUUUGAAUUUCACACUCCUUUGAUGCCAUCAAAAUAGUGUUGUCACAUGUGUGUUCAUUUGCAAGUUUAUUAUUUAUUUAGGUACCAAGAAGUUACAAUCUCUAACGCCUUUUCCAUGUUAGCAGUCCCCAUCCCCUAUCCAGGACUACGUGGAAAGAUGAUCAAAGGGGAUAAGAUUCAAAAGAAACUGUGGUGUGGCAUCCAAGGGGUUAUAACAAGAUAAUUUGAUUUUAUCAGUGGAGUUGGUAAUGCAAACUGGCCAUAGUAAAGAGUUUCUAAAGCUGACACUUCAAGCAUUAGCCCUAGGGGAAAAGCAAAUGGUUGGGUGACGAUACCUUGGCUUAGGGUCAGAUUGCACUAUAAAUAUUUCCUACACAUUGAGGGAUCUGCAGUGAAUAGCUUACUCAACAGGAUAUUGUGUGUCCACAGCCUUAUGCACCACCUAGCAUUUAAUUGAUUUUUUGGAACUCACCACGCAUGGUUGUAGUGCUGACUGUUGCAUGCAGUGCUGUGAAACUGGUGCAUACAAAAUCAGAUUGCUUUAGAUAAGCCUGGUGCAUAUGCUUUCCCAACAAGACUGUCUCAGGGAGUUGUCCACAAGCAUGAUGCCCCAUGUAGUGACAAUUAAGCAUGCCCACACAAAUUUCUUUUCAAACAAUGGUGCACCAGUGUGUCCCUCAACAGUAGUAUUCUUUUGUUGUUUGAUCUCUAAAAUGAUGUCAGUGAAGGGAGAGUGUUUUUAUAUAAACCAAAAAUUAACAUUAAUGUUAUAAAAAGAGGAACCAUUGAAAGUUAUGAUCUGAACCAAGAUAGAGUGACGAGUCCAUGGCUCUAACACCACAAUUGAUACCAAAAUUGGAAAACAUACUUGCAAGUACAGAAACUGAUGACAAAGAUGACCAAAACUGCAAGUGAAAAAAACACAUUAUGCUACCUUGUAUAGGUAUAGAUUGAAAACGGGCAAGGUUGUAAAAAUCAUCACCACUCUCACAUUGAAUCAAAUAUUUAACCCCCAAAACCAUACACUGAUGAAGAAUUCAUACCCCUUAGGACCUGACAAAAUCAACUAAAAGGGCUGUUUUUGAUUUGAGUUGCACAUCAUUCUUGCCAAGCUCUAUGUAGUAUGACUUGUGGUGUACCAUCUUCUCCUACCCUCGGGCCACACCUGCACAUUCUUGUCACUCUUCUCUUUACUAUUCUAGUGUUACUGACCAGGAGAAUUUGUUAAACAGUAAAGAGCUACAGUUGAC